AAUCAAAUUCGUGAGUAGUUGUGAGGGUUCUAACAUUACAUUUCAGCCUACCACUUGAGGAAGAAAGAUGACAAAUUGUACAGUGCAUCAGAUCUUGGGAGGAAGAGAGAGAGUGUGAGUUUAUUAGGGAUACGUAAGGUAGGGAGGGAAAGAGUGAGAGAGCGAGAGAGAGGGUGAGUGAGAGAGACAGAGAGAGUGCGUAAGUGAGAGUCAGUGAGAGCACAAGAGAAAGGCGGAGAACGCCUAUACUCUGGUCAGUGUAAGAUCUUGCGAAACAUUUCUAAGGUAACGCAUCUGUUUCUAAUUUGACCUGGGGGUCAGGGAGAAGAGAUCACAGAGAAGAAACUUAUGUGACGAGUGGGCUUACAGGUGUGUUUGGAAUUAAGAUGUCAAUGGUGAAACAGGUUGCGCUGGCUGCAGUGGUGGUAGUGAUGGGAUGCGUGGGCAUCAUCGCUCUAAUCCUCACAUUAGUUCAGCACCACUUGGUGGAUCUCCCCCAUCGCAUGCAGUAUGGGAUGGUGUUCGAUGCUGGAUCAACACACACUUCUCUCUACAUGUACCGUUGGCCUGGCAACAAAGAAAACAACACUGGGGUGGUGUCACAGAUGCUGGUCUGUGAUGUUGACGGAGAUGGCAUCUCUAGCUAUGCCCAGGACCCACCUGGUGCAGGGCUCAGUCUGAGGAAGUGCCUGGAAAGUGCACUGGCAGUCGUCCCUGCAAACCAGCAGAGGGAAACUCCUGUGUACCUUGGUGCUACCGCUGGCAUGCGACUCUUGCAGCUACAGAAUCACACCCAGUCUCAUCAGGUGUUGGAGCAGGUAACCAAGGUGAUCCAGGGUUAUCCCUUUGACUUCCGGGGGGCACGGAUCCUAUCUGGGAUGGAGGAAGGGGCUUACGGAUGGAUUACCAUCAACUAUCUACAAGAGAGCUUCAUCAAGUACACCUUCGAGGGAGAAUGGGUAAGCCCUAAAGGAAGGAAGAUCUGGGGCGCCCUGGACAUGGGAGGCUCUUCUACCCAGAUAGCCUUUACCCCCGGCCAGCCAGUACAGGACCCUGCCUCCACCCUGGGACCCAAGCUCUAUGGUUACCAGUAUGAGGUGUACACACACAGCUACCUGUGCUAUGGCAAGGAACAGGCCAUGAGGCAGCUACGGGUUCAUCUACUGAAGAUGAGUGGGUCUACCCGCCCAGUCAAGCACCCCUGUUACCACCUGGGCUACAAUCUAACCCUGACUCUGGGUGACCUCUAUGACUCCCCCUGCGUUGCCAGACCCGUGACCUUUAACCCGGCCUCAGAGGUCACCUUCACAGGGACCAGUGAGCCACUGCGGUGUCUCAACCAGAUGAAGAACAUCAUGAACCUGACUGCCUGCUCCCUGGCUCCUGACUGUGGCUUCAACGGGGUAUACCAGCCCCCAGUCAGUGGCAACUUCUUUGCUUUCUCAACAUACUAUUACACCUUUGACUUCCUUGGUCUGGCUCCUCAGUCCUCUCUGUCUCAGGCUACCACCACUAUAGACACUUUCUGUAAAAGGACCUGGGACUCGCUCAAGGCAGAGUAUAGUGAAAAGGACAAGUACCUUCGUGAUUACUGUGCCUCAGCAAACUACAUAAUGACAGUACUACUAGACGGCUACAAGUUCAACCAGACCUGGGGAAAUAUAUACUUCCAGAGACAGGUGGCAGAUACAGACAUCAACUGGACGCUGGGCUACAUGUUGAACCUGACCAACCUGAUCCCUUCAGAACGCCCCCUGGUGGUGACAGGUGUGCAGCAUGGCCAGUGGGCAGCAGAAGUCUUCUUCAUAGCGUUUGCUGUGUUCCUCAGCCUGUUGGUGCUAGCCAUACUGUUGCUCUGGAACCCAGGAGGCAACACAACUAGUGAUGCAAUCACACUCUGAACGUCUCUGACUUCUAGUCUCUUCUAGUCCAUACAGAUUAGGUACAAUGUGAUAAUAGCAGUGAGUCAAUAAGAUAGACGAAUCGGACGAGCGUGGUUGCUCCUGGAACUCACAGUAAUAGUUAAAGCAAUAAUUUGUAAUAUUUUCUGUCAAUAUGACUGGAAUUAUGGAGGCAAUUGAAUGUAUUAUGUAUUUAUUAGAUUUGUAUAAACUGCAUAGGUGGAUGUUUUACAAGCAAAAAAACUCAGACAAUAAAUUGUAAUAUGACACCAUCUACUGUAAAUAAAUAGUGUUGGUAUGAAUAUA